AUGAUUUACGCUAACUUAAAAAAUGAUGUAGAUUUCAAGGGUCAGCUGACAGCCGCCGACGUGCGCCUCCUGCCCAGUAUCCUGAGGAAUCUGGAAGUGAAGACGGACAGGGAAGGCUUCAGGGCCCUGGCAGCAAGCCUUCCUCGCCUGGUGAAGCUGGAGCAUUUAGACUUCGAAGGCCACCUGACGGAGGCAGAGAUGCCCCUCCUGCCCGAGGUGCUCUUCUCGCUCAGGGUCCAGACAGACGGCGCGGGUCUCCGGGCUCUGGCAAGGAGACUUCCCUGCUUGACAAAGCUGUUAUCGUUGACUGUAAGGCUGCUGGACUGCCCUCCAGUUGACUCUAUGAGCGCCCUUCCCUGUGAGGUAAAGCACCUGACUCUGGACCUCAAGCAUGUCACGCCCCCUUCCUGGGAGUGGGUGUGCGACGCCGUGCACGUCCUCUGCUCUUCACGUAGACAGGAGUUUUACGUAAACGUCCCAUUAGGCUGCGACGCCCUUCAGGUGCAGAGCGUCUGGCAGGAGCUCCGGGACCGAGGCGCGCAAAUGUUCGGGAAAAGUUCGAAGCAGAUUCGAAUCCUGUCGUGGAACCUCAGCUGCAAGAUAUAG